UUCUGCGUUCAUUUCAAAAAGCUUCCUUCAUUUCUCCCCCCAAAAGAUUAAAACUUCCAGAUUGAAAGAGAUUGAUAGCUCUUUCUGUUAAAGCUUUCUUUGGAAUUUGAUAUUAAAUAUACCUUACAACAUAAAUUCCCUUCUUAUAUAAAUCCCACUUUCUGUUGCUUCUUCUCUGAAUUUUUUUGAAUUUCCCUAACUAACUUGAGACUCUACAACUGUUUUUUGACACCAUUUUUACUUACAGUUCUCUUAGAAAAUGGGUAUGGAACAUGGGUUUUCGACACCGAGAACUGAAACAUUUCCUGCUGGAUUGAGGGUUCUGGUUGUUGAUGAUGAUCCUACUUGGUUGAAAAUUCUGGAAAAGAUGCUCAAGAAAUGCUGCUAUGAAGUAACUACUUGUGGGCUAGCUCGUGAGGCUUUGAAAUUGCUUCGUGAUCGAAAGGAUGGAUUUGACAUCGUCAUCAGUGAUGUCAACAUGCCCGACAUGGAUGGCUUCAGACUUCUCGAGCAUGUUGGACUUGAGAUGGACCUGCCAGUUAUAAUGAUGUCUGUGGAUGGGGAAACUAGCAGGGUAAUGAAAGGUGUUCAGCAUGGGGCAUGUGAUUAUCUCCUCAAACCAAUAAGAAUGAAGGAGCUUAAAAACAUAUGGCAGCAUGUAGUGAGGAAGAGAAUGCAUGACGUGAGAGACAUUGAGUGCUUUGAAGAUAGAAGCGGAACAGACCAUUCUUAUGAUGGGCUCUAUGGAGGUGACCAAAUGUUUGUAAAGAAAAGAAAGGAUGUAGACAUCGAAAAAGAUUCAAGUGAUCCUUCUACCACAAAGAAAGCUCGAGUUGUUUGGACUGUGGAUCUCCACCAAAAAUUUGUGAAAGCUGUAAAACAGUUAGGCAUUGACAGUGAUAAAAUUGGUCCGAAAAAGAUAUUGGACCUCAUGAAUGUACCCUGGUUAACCAGGGAGAAUGUUGCUAGCCAUUUGCAGAAAUAUCGGCUUUAUCUAAGCAGGCUGCGUAAAGAAGAUAAAAUGGAAAGCUCUUUUGGUGGAAUGAAGAAUCCAGAUCUUUCCCCAAAAGAAUCCAGUGGAAGUUUUAUUAGCAUCCAGAACUCCAAUUUCGGGCAACAUGACAUUACUAGCAAGCAUGUAUAUCAGGGAAAUCAAUUGCCCGUUCAGACUGUUGAUUCUAAAUCUCCUGACAACGAUCCAGAAAGCAGCAAAUUGUUGCCACUGCCACUAACAGAACAUAUAAUACCUUUUAGUACUGAAGAUUGUGAUUCUCACACUAGGAACUCACAGUUAGGCCUCAAUCAUACUUAUGAGUCUUUGGAUAUGAGUGUAAAGCAUGCAUCAUUUGAUUCUCCUGUUUCCGGUCAGUACCCUUGGAGCAGAGAAGUACCAGAUCACCUGCAGUUUGAACCUGAGUUUAAGGCACAUCCAAAACUGGAGAGUUGUACUUUCAACCAGCCGACUGUGCCUAUUUUGCACCAGCAUAUCAGUCCUGAAAUCCUUGAGCCUGCUCCACAUAUCAGUCCUGGUCCAUCAAUCAGCAAAAGCAACAACAUAGGCCUCGUUGAUAUCAUAUCAUUGAAUGUUAAGGAGUGUGGCAAUGAUACAGGGAAGCUAUCGCCUACGGAAAGCGCACUUGGGUCAUAUCCUCUGUCAAAUUCUGAUGUUCUUGGAUGUGUUUCUGACAUGAAAAGCCAGAACUUUAGUCAGGGAGUCAGCAGUUUUAAGGAACCGGCCCUGUUUGAAAGACCGCUUCAGUCGUUUCCUAUACAAUCCGAGAGUCAUCUUGUAGGUGCACGAGGUUUAGAUCCCUGCUUUGAUGUGACACUGGAAAUGAAGAAGCAGAUUUCCUGUCAGAGUAGCAUAAUUGAUCCGAGUAGUGUCACCGGUUCUGAAUCUGAGCUGAGAAACCAAGUGUUAGGGAGUGAAUUGGCGUCUGGACUCUUAAGUGAGGAUAUGUUUCUCUGGCUUCAAUAUGGUGAUGUUACCUCAAAAGAUUUUGGGUUGGAUUACAUAGGAUUCACAGGGUGCAAUUUUCCUGAUUUUGACACUGAAACUCCUUUACCACCUUAUAUGCCGAAGUUGGAUCAUGAGUAUCUUCUUGAUUGGGUGUAAUAUCCUCUUGAUCACAUCUGUUCUCGAUCAGCUCUAGAUGAGGGAGCUUGUAAGGAGACCUUCCAUGAAAUACUUCUUUGGUACUGCCAGAAACUGGGUUAUACUUAUAAUGGCCCUAAUUCCUAAGUAAAGACUCUUGAGCCAUGUACAACAUUAAAUGUCAACAAUUAAGAAUUAUAUAAACUUUUUUUGAAACUUUUAUGUGCAGUGCAUUUCAUCCCGAGAACAAAGGGUUUCUCCCCUAUUCCCAUGGCGCAAUUUAAUACUUCAUGUUUGGAUGUCUAUAUA